AUGGAACGAGACGAACAGUCUCCUCAGCUGGCAGACACCGUAGGGUCGAGGCGAAAAUCUCGCUCCGACUCUUCAGCGAAGCGCGUAUCAAGAGCCUGUUUGCACUGCCGACAGCGUAAAUCCAAGUGUGAUUUGGACAGCAGUGGCAGUCCCGGGGUACCGCCAUGUCAGCGGUGUAUUCGAGACAACCGUGAAUGUGUCCUUGGUGGUUCAAACCGAGGGGGACGCCGUAUUCGCAAAAACAAGAUGAAAAAUUUCACCCCCGGCACUGACUCGUCCACGAGAAUAGAACCGCUGAUGGACGCAACCAGCCCGUCCACCACAGAUAGUCGUCCGAAUGCAUCAACUUCGUACUCCAAUCCAGUUGUCUUUGUGCAGCCGAACCCUCCAGCGACAGUUGCUGUUUCAGAAGAUGACGAAGAUACAGCUUCCAUCGGUUCUGUACCGCGGAAUCCGUCGGACGCCUGGCAAUGCCUGACAGGCAUUGCCAAAAGAGGCACCGAUGACUUGAGUCCGGAAACGGAAUCUGCGCGUCCUGGUCCAAACGGUUUCCCAUCAUUCUCAGCAUUUCCGAACGGCGCAGUUACGGAGUUUCAUCCGACCAGUGGCAUCAAGGCCUACAGGCUGGUACAGACGAGGUCUCUGGACCCAGGAACAGUAUGGCAGCUUGUGGCUCGUUACGCCGAGAAUUUUCAUCCCUAUCUUCCGCUGGUGCCGCGAAAAUACUUUGAUCGCAGCGCGCUCGACGCCUUCGCCACUAACGAGAAACACUUGUUGACGGCGGUGCUGACCAUUGCCUCCAAAGACCUGAUUGAGCGGCCGGAGAUCCACGAAUACUGCUCCAAGUACAUGCAUGAGCUCAUCUCCGGCAUUGCUGCUGGUGCCGACUGCGAUGUGGAGGCCGUCGAGGCGCUACUCCUCCUGGCUGAGUGGGAACCUCAGGGUCUUCGGCCGCGGAUCGAGCUAGUUGGGCGUGGCGAGGAGGACCGAGCCGCCUGGAUGCAUGUCGGGCUUGCUUUGCGAUCGGGCUAUUUUCUCGGUUUGGACCGCACGUCUUUUCGGGGUGAUGCUUCUGGAGACACGGAAACAGAGGCCCGCAGGCGACUGGCGUGGACCUGCUGCUACAUCUCCGACCGGCUGAUUUCCGUCCGUAUCGGGCGGGCUUUCUGGUCGCGAGGUCCAGGACCAAUGACGGGUCUUGUCAGCCAAGAUUUCCCGUCCCUACAACCGGUCAAGAGCGAUGAAGAAGACUAUGCAAAGAUCCUCCAAGCGACACUGGAUCUUACGCAACUCUAUAACAACGUUCACGAUGUACUCUACUCCGGGAUGCGGACCAGCAAUCAAAUGAUGCUCAUGGGCGACUACGUGAAAUACGUCGACGAUUUCCGCCUUGCCAUUCUCCGUUGGAAGUCCCGCUGGGGCUCGCUUCCCUGUUCUACACCGAUGCGCGCCACGUUGCAGUUGUCAUACGAGUAUCUGAGGCUCUAUACGAAUGCAUUUGCAUUUCAAGCUGCCAUCUCCCAGUCACUGGUCUCCAAGCACAAAAACAACAAUCAGUUGCAAAGGGAGCAUUUGCGCGCGACCUUCAACAACGUGGCAUCAAUGCAGGAUGCGCGCUUCAUUUACGAGUCUGUGGAUGCUGCGAAAGCGUAUCUGACUAUACUUGUUGACGAAGUGCAUCCGGAAAAGCACUUGCAUUUUAUGCCUCUGAGGUUUUACCUGUAUGGAAUCUAUGCAGCGGUCUUCUUAUAUAAGGCGCGUUCAUUCGGUGUCAUGCUGAACUCCGAGGAGAUGAAGGUGCGAGAACUAGUCACUCGCACCACCGAAGUCCUGAAGCGAGCAAGUGCCGGGCCAGAUGAUAUUGGGGCUCGAUAUGCACGGCUCUUGGAGCUCUUGUGGCAGUCUAAACCUGCGCCUGAUCUCUCCCCUACGGCAACCCACCGAAGCAGCGAUCUCUUGAUGCAGAACACGCUCAAUCGCCUGCCGGAGCAGAGCCAUAAUGUGCAUUUCAGCCCUGCCAAUGACUUUUCUUGGCUGGAUCUUGAAGCAGUCGGAGAUUUUGUGUCUGGAGACCAAAUUCCAGGAGCCGGUACUCUAGCGUUUGAUACAUUUCAACAAGAGCCUGAUUUGUAUCAAUCAGGGCAGGACCGUUCUCAGCCGUGGCAGAUGUCACCCUGGGCCGGAGACAUGGCAGGCAACCUUUUGUUUUAA